UCAUUCAGAACGUGGACUACGUUCUCUUUGCCAUUCCAAAUUCAGAUCUACCAAGCACUCACAGGCCCAUUUACUUCUCUCUUCUACUUCUGCCUUUGGAACCUUUGGGUGCUUGUGGGGGUUGAGAGGGAGCCAAGCUAGACUUUCUUGUUGGGAGGUUGGGCCAAGAACACCAGGAAGGGUCUGACUCCUUUCUUAGGCUAAGUUUCAGUGUCUUGGUCAAAACAGCCCAUCUGGGGGCAGGUGUUUUGGUAUCCUGGCUGUUACUAGGUACUUCCUUCAUGAUGUAAGGACUGACUGACUGACUCUGUGGCUGAAUGGUGGGGGUGGGACUUGAGCUGCUUCUUACUCCUGCGGCCAAUGCUGCAUAGCAACUGUACGGCCCUGAUGGUCGUCCGUAGUGUUAGCUGUUGGUUCUGUGCUCACAGAAUACCCUAUCCAGAUCUCUACAUCAAUCCUGUCCAGUGCUCCAAAGUCACACAGCAAGAAAUGGCAGAGCUGGUAUUAGACCCUGGUCUUGUUUCAAAGAGGGGUCUUUCUCCCUCUCACCUUCCUCGCUGCUUUUGAUUGUGACGCAACAUUCACCUUCCGCCAUUUAAAGGCGUGUAGUUCAGUGGCGUUAAGUACAGUUGCACUAUGGGGGUGUUUACUUUUAGUCAUUUUCCUCCCCUGAAAAUAUCUAGAAAAAGGCCCAGCAGUAUAAUAGUAAUGCUUUGGCUUAUUAGUAUACAUUAUAAAGUGUAAAGUCUACUCUUCAUCCCAGCUGGCUUCUACAGCACCCUUGAUAAGGUUUCGGUCCAUAGAGUGUCAGGAGUAUUGCCGAAGGUGGGACCUGAAGGCCACCUUGCUUUUACCCCUGACUUCUGGACACAUUGCUCCAUGAGUCAGGAGGCUGCUUCAUAGCUGCAGACUUCUGUGGCUGCCUAUGCCCCCUCAUUCCGCCCUCCUCCCUCCUUACCAUUCAUUGUCUUAGUGCGCUGGGGCUUUCCCACCUCGUGUCCAGCUUAGGGAUUACUUCCAGCUCUGCAUAGCUACACAGUCCUUCCUUCCUCUGCGUUUGCAGAGCGAGCCCCUCAAAGCCUAGUCAGGGUGAGCUGCAGCACCAGAGUUCAGGCUUUUUAAAGGCUCAUCUCGGAGGUGGGGCUGCUCCUGCUAUUUAUAGGGAUGGGGAGAGUCAUGUCCUUAGCUCAGUUCCUCACACAGAGCCCGGCCUGCUCACAGAGGCAGGCAGCCUGGGGUAGGUGGUCACCCCUGUCUUCCCUCCCUCAUCAUGCAUCAUCGGAGUACCGACAUGGAGCCUGAUCUGGUUCGGAGUCUCCUUGAAGAAGCAAGGGCAAAGCAAAAAGCUCUUGCCAGUUCUGGAGUGGGGGAGGCAACGCGGCAGUGGUCCUUCCCACCUCAGGUUGGGGUGAGGGCUCAACCUGCUGGGAGGGGGAGCCCCUUGAGCUCUGUGCCUAUACCCCCACCCCGCCUUCGCCGGAAGGAUCCUUCUUAUCCCAGGCCCACUGAGCCAUCUCUGGAAAUGGCUGGCUCCAAAUGCCAGCCUGAUACCCCCGCUACCAGCCUCUGCCUGGCAGACUCCUCAGGCCAGCAUCGAGUGAUGCCACCAGGGCCUGCCAGCCGGGCAAACGUGGGCUCCCGGCCCCACACCAUCGCCAAUGGCCACGAACUGUUUGAGGUCUCGGAGGAGAGAGACGAGGAAGUUGCUGCGUUUUGCCACAUGCUGGAUAUCCUUCGGACAGGCUCUGAUAUCCAGGACUAUUCCCUAACUGGAUAUGUCUGGAGUGCUGUCACCCCGAGUCCAGAGCAUCUUGGGGAUGAGGUCAACCUGAAGGUGACUGUGUUGUGUGAGAGUCUUCGGGAGCCGCUCACUUUUACCUGCAACUGUUCCUCCACUGUGGACUUGCUCAUCUACCAGACCCUCUGCUACACCCAUGAUGAACUGAGGGAAGUGGACGUGGGUGACUUUGUGCUCAAGCCCUGCGGACUGGAAGAAUUCCUGCAAAAUAAGCAUGCCUUGGGCAGCCAUGAAUAUAUCCAGUAUUGCCGCAAGUUUGACAUCAACAUCCGACUGCAGCUGAUGGAGCAGAAGGCCAUACGGAGUGACCUGGCCCGGACGGUGAACGAUGAUCAGAGCCCUUCCACCUUGAACUACCUCAUCCAUCUCCAGGAGAGGCCAGUCAAGCAGACCAUCAGCAGGCAGGCCUUGAGUCUUCUGUUUGACACUUACCACAACGAGGUGGAUGCCUUCCUGCUGGCUGACGGGGAUUUCCCACUGAAGGCGGACAGGGUAGUCCAGUCUGUUAAGGCCAUCUGCAAUGCCCUGGCCGCCGUGGAGACUCCUGAGAUCACCAGCGCCCUCAACCAGCUGCCUCCCUGCCCCUCACGCAUGCAGCCAAAAAUCCAGAAGGAUCCCAGCGUGUUGGCUGUGAGGGAAAACCGAGAGAAGGUGAUAGAAGCCUUGACAGCAGCCAUCUUGGAUUUGGUGGAGCUGUACUGCAAUACGUUCAAUGCAGACUUCCAGACCGCGGUGCCCGGGAGUCGAAAACACGAUUUGGUUCAAGAGGCCUGCCACUUCUCUGGGGCCCUGGCCUUCACCGUCUAUGCUACUCACCGCAUUCCCAUCAUCUGGGCCACCAGCUAUGAAGAGUUCUACCUCUCCUGUUCCCUCAGCCAUGGAGGCAAGGAACUGUGCAGCCCCCUGCAGACCCGACGGGCUCACUUCUCCAAGUACCUGUUCCAUCUCAUCAUCUGGGACCAGCAGAUCUGCUUUCCAGUGCAGGUGAACAGGCUUCCUCGGGAGACCCUGCUGUGUGCCACACUCUAUGCCCUGCCCAUCCCCCCUCCCGGGAGUUCCUCGGAAGCCAAUAAGCAGAGGCGGGUGCCUGAAGCCCUGGGCUGGGUCACUACCCCUCUCUUCAACUUCAGGCAAGUCUUGACCUGUGGCCGGAAGCUUCUGGGCUUGUGGCCAGCAACACAGGAAAACUCCAGUGCCCGUUGGAGUGCACCUAAUUUCCACCAGCCAGACAGUGUCAUCCUGCAGAUUGACUUCCCCACCUCGGCCUUUGACAUCAAGUUCACCAGCCCCCCUGGAGACAAAUUCAGCCCCCGCUAUGAGUUUGGCAGCCUCCGGGAGGAGGACCAACGCAAGCUUAAAGAUAUCACGCAGAAGGAGUCCCUGUACUGGCUCACGGAUGCUGACAGGAAGCACCUGUGGGAAAAGCGCUAUUACUGCCACUCGGAGGUGAGCUCACUCCCCCUGGUGCUCGCCAGUGCGCCCAGCUGGGAGUGGGCUUGCCUGCCCGACAUCUAUGCUCUCCUGAAGCAGUGGCCACACAUGAACCACCAGGAUGCCCUGGGGCUCCUGCAUGCCACCUUUCCGGACCAGGAGGUACGGCGGAUGGCUGUGCAGUGGAUCGGCUCCCUCUCAGAUGCGGAGCUGCUGGACUACCUGCCGCAGCUGGUACAGGCCCUGAAGUAUGAGUGCUACCUGGACAGCCCCUUGGUGCGCUUUCUCCUGAAGCGAGCCAUCUCUGACCUGAGAGUGACCCACUAUUUCUUCUGGUUACUAAAGGACAGCCUAAAGGACUCUCAGUUCAGCAUCCGCUACCAGUACCUGCUGGCAGCCUUGCUGUGCUGCUGCGGCAAGGGCCUGAGGGAGGAGUUUAACCGCCAGUGCUGGCUUGUCAAUACCCUGGCCAAACUGGCCCAGCAGGUCCGAGAGGCCACCCCAUCUGCACGCCAGGGCAUCCUUCGCACGGGCUUGGAGGAGGUGAGGCAGUUCUUUGCCCUCAACGGUUCGUGCCGCCUGCCGCUUAGCCCCAGUCUACUGGUGAAGGGCAUUGUGCCCAGGGACUGUUCGUACUUCAAUUCCAACGCGGUCCCCCUCAAGCUCGCCUUCCAAAAUGUGGAUCCCCUGGGUGAGAACAUCCGUGUCAUCUUCAAGUGCGGGGAUGACCUUCGCCAGGACAUGCUCACCCUGCAGAUGAUCCGCAUCAUGAGCAAGAUCUGGGUGCAGGAGGGGCUGGAUAUGCGCAUGGUCAUUUUCCGCUGCUUCUCCACUGGCCGAGGGAGAGGGAUGGUGGAGAUGAUACCCAACGCGGAGACGCUGCGCAAGAUCCAGGUGGAACACGGGGUGACCGGCUCCUUCAAGGACCGUCCCCUGGCCGACUGGCUGCAGAAACACAACCCUGGGGAGGACGAAUAUGAAAAGGCUGUGGAGAACUUCAUCUACUCCUGCGCUGGCUGCUGUGUGGCGACAUACAUCUUGGGCAUCUGUGACAGACACAAUGACAACAUCAUGCUGAAGACCACCGGGCACAUGUUCCACAUAGAUUUCGGCCGCUUCCUGGGCCACGCGCAGAUGUUUGGCAAUAUCAAGAGGGACCGUGCCCCCUUUGUCUUCACCUCGGACAUGGCGUAUGUCAUCAACGGGGGUGACAAACCUUCCAGCCGCUUCCAUGAUUUUGUUGACCUUUGCUGCCAAGCCUACAACCUCAUUCGCAAGCACACCCACCUCUUCCUCAACCUUCUGGGCCUGAUGCUGUCCUGUGGAAUCCCUGAGCUCUCCGACCUGGAGGACCUCAAGUAUGUGUAUGAUGCCCUGAGGCCUCAGGACACAGAGGCCAAUGCCACCACCUACUUCACAAGAUUGAUUGAGUCCAGCCUGGGUAGCGUCGCCACGAAACUCAACUUUUUCAUUCACAACCUGGCUCAGAUGAAGUUCGCAGGCUCAGAUGACCGGCUAACCCUUUCCUUUGCACCCCGAACACACACUCUCAAGAGCUCUGGGCGCAUCACUGAUGUCUUCCUCUGCCGUCACGAGAAGAUCUUCCACCCUAGCAAGGGCUAUAUAUAUGUGGUGAAGGUGAUGCGAGAGAACGCUCAUGAGGCAACUUAUAUCCAGCGGACGUUUGAGGAGUUCCAGGAACUGCACAACAAGCUGCGCCUGCUCUUCCCAUCUUCUUUCCUGCCCAGCUUCCCUAGUCGCUUUGUGAUUGGCCGCUCCCGGGGAGAGGCAGUGGCCGAGCGGCGGAGGGAGGAGCUAAAUGGCUACAUCUGGCACUUGAUUCAUGCAGCCCCUGAGGUGGCGGAGUGUGAUCUGGUCUAUACCUUCUUCCACCCCCUGCCCCGGGAUGAGAAGGCUUCAGGCGCCAGCUCAGUUCCGAAGUCCUCAGAUGGGACUUGGGCCCGGCCUGUUGGGAAGGUCGGUGGGGAGGUGAAGCUGUCCAUCUCCUAUAAAAACAACAAGCUCUUCAUCAUGGUGAUGCAUAUUCGGGGCUUGCAGCCGCUCCAGGAUGGGAACGACCCUGACCCCUAUGUAAAGAUUUACCUCCUUCCUGACCCUCAGAAGACCACGAAGAGGAAAACCAAAGUGGCUCGGAAAACCUGCAACCCUACCUACAACGAGAUGUUGGUGUAUGAUGGGAUCCCCAAGGGAGACCUACAGCAGCGAGAGCUCCAGCUGAGCGUGCUAAGUGAGCAAGGAUUUUGGGAGAACGUGCUCCUUGGGGAGGUGCACAUUCGCCUUCGGGAGCUGGACCUGGCCCAGGAGAAGACUGGCUGGUUCGCACUGGGAUCUCGAGGUCAUGGAACCUUAUGAGCCCAGUCAUGGCCCAGGCCUGCAGCUGCUGCCCAGAGCUGGGGGAGAAGUGACUCCUCUGCCUGACUCCUUUGCUAGGAAGGGGUGCAGCCCUCGGUGGCCUUCCCAUGGUCCAGGUGACCUGACCUCGGUGAGGGGCUGGAAGAGUCUGGCGCUCUCGGCUGCCCCUUCUUCAGCGGACUGCACUUGGGUUGGUUGUGGGGAAUGGGCCCUCAGAAGCUGUGGGGUCGCAGCAGAGUCUUAAGUUUACCUUGUGUCAAGGGAGCAAUGCCUGCUUUGGGGUGUGUGGAGCGCAAGCUAUAUGAAGUAGCACUUGGGGGAGGGUGGGUGGAUAUUUUAUUUUAAUUUUUAAAAAAUGAAAUAGUAAUGUUGUCCUAGCUGGGACAGGAAGCCUUGUGAGAGGGGCAUACCAUGCCUCAGAAGGCAAGAGAAGACUAUUUGGGGUUUUUUGUAUGAUGAAAGUUCUUAUUGGACUUUUUCCCAGGAUUUUUUGGGUUUUGUUUUCUAGCUAUAGGAAAUGUUGGGGAGGGGCCCGGUAGGUCCUCGGUGAAGCCCUCCCCCUCUCAGGCGCACUGGGGAAGGGUGGGGAGGACUCACUGACUGCUGGGCUGAGGCCCUCCCUGGGCUGUCUGAUUUUGCCUCCAAAGGAGAGCAGCGUGAUACCUACGUGUGUAAGGAAGGGCCUUCCGUGUCAGGGUUCCGCCAAGGACCUAUGUUCAGGGACCCAUGCUCUUUAGGGCAGAAUUUUCCUCUUUUCUUCCCCUACUGGUUGGAUUUGACUCUCAUGUCUUCCUCUCCCCUUUGCCCCUCUGAUCUCGCAGCCCUCUGCGGGUCCUGGUGAAUACACUGGGGUGCUCCUCUGCCCCAUCUUGUUUGAUGGGACAGAAUGCUGCCGACCCUUAGCUCUGGGCCACGCCUGUAGAGGGCAGGUGUGUUGUGGCCACUUGCUGCAUAGUUUCUGGAAUAUGUUCCCUGAGACCGUCUACUACUUUCUCUCACACUUCAAAAGGGAUUUCAUUGUGUAGGGCCACAAAGCUGUUUAGUGUGUAGACAGAGGGUACCCUGUCCGCAGCGAAGGGGGCUGGGAAGAAUGAAGACUGGCCAAUGCAGUUGUUCUUUCUGGCUAUCUUCCUGGUCAGAAAGCGACUGGCCUGGAGCAGCUCACAACUUACUGUAGCUCCAGUUCCAGGGGACCUGACACCCUCACACAGACAGACAUGCAGGUGAAACAUCAAUGCACAUGAAACAAAAUAAAUUACUUUUAAAAAGAAAAAGAAAACAAAAGAUUAUUUCAACACAUCCUCCUUAUGUGGUGCUAGGGAUCGAACCCAGGGCCCUUUGAGUGCUGAGCAAGCACUCGACCCCCAAGCUGCAUCCCCAGCCGACCUCGUACCCUUAUUCUGCACCAGAUGAAUUUAAAAUCCAUUCGAGUUUCUCUCCAAGGAGUUGUCGUAUUUAAAAAGCGAGGGAUAGGAACUCAAUUUAACGUUUUUGUUUUUUUGAGACAAGGUCUCACUAUGUAGACUAGGUUGGCUUGAACUCACAGAGAUCUGCCUGCCCCUGCCUCUGUAGGGCUGGGAUUAAAGGUGAUUAACUUCUUAAACAGGAGUUAGCUGAUGAGGGAGAAGGGCUAGCAAGGCUGCCAUGAGCGAUUUCUCUGUGACCCCAUUACUGGAGAGCGAAAAGCUCCAUUCACGGAAGCCACAUGGAAGCAAGAAAGGUUCUGUUUGUUUUGUUUAUGAGCAAGGAUAUCAUAUAGCCCAGGUUGGCCUCAUUCUCCUAUGCAGGCGAGGAUAACCUUGAUCUACUUGCCUUCAACCACCCAGGUGCUAAGAUUUCAGGCAUGAGCCACCACGUCCAUUCAUUUUUUUUCCUUAAUUAGAAAUGCCAGGUCAGUGGGUAAGGGCACUUGCUCAUUAAUUAGAAAUGCCAGGCCAGUGAGAUGGCUCAGUGAAUGGGGAGAUUUGCCUCGUCAACUUAAAUUUGAUCACUGAGACCUUCAAGAUGGCCGGAGAAAACCAACUUCCACAAUUGUUCUUUGGCUUCCAGAUACAUUACACAUCAUGUCCACCUCCCCCCCCCACCACACACACAUAAAUAAGAUAAUUUUAAAAUGCCAAGGAUAAAUCGGGCUGCGAAAAGCAGGAGACUGAAGAGGGAAAGCAGUGGAACCUUCCAGGUGUUUGGACCAUAGAUGAGCUACUGGCUUUUUGCCUGUAGCUCAUUUUAUUUUGACCCUUUAUGCCCCUGACUUAAAGAGGUCUAUGUACUGUACCCACUUCCCACGUCCCUUGUAUCUUCUACUUUCUCUGGAGUUGUAUUUUCUAAUAAAUGACAUUUGAGAAAACAAA